AUGAUCACGGUCAAUCUAUCGAUGUUUAUUGAGAUCGGCGUACCAACGAUUAGGUUCGCUGAGCGACAUGCGGCAGCAAACCUGCUAAACUUGUCGACAGUCGCGACGUUCUUCUCAGCUGUGACAGCAACGACCUUACAAUUCUCAUACCAGUUGACAGAUGGAGUGCUGGAAAAGUCUGUCAAUGCGUUUUGGUUCUCCUCGUUAGUUUUCAGUAUAGCAGCCGCAGUGAACAGUCUCCUUGGUCUCACCUGGAAGCAAGCUAUGUAUCGCUCUCCGGGACAUAGGGUACCUCGGUGGGUCUUGAUAUGGAUCAAGCGAUCGCCUUUAGUCUUUCUCGUCAUGUCUGUGGCAUGCUUUUCUGCGGGCUUGAUGCUUUUCACAUACGCCACGGAUCAUGUAUGGGGUCUUAUUGUACUCAUGGACGCAUGUCUAUACUCAAGUACCCAGGCUGUCACUUCCUUCGGCCUGGCUGCCAUCUCCGCUUGGUUCACCUCCUAA